CCCACAGACACCUCAGCAGAAGGAAUGGGCUCUCGAAACUCUGCCAGAGCAGGAUGGCGCUCUCCGAAGACAGAUGGAGCUCCUACUGUCUGUCCUCAUUGGCUGCUCAAAAUAUCUGCACUGGCAAGGUGCCAUGCCCCGCCACAGCCGAGCAGGCGGACCCGGCCGGGUCCCUGGGCAGCACGUCCUGCUGCUCACUGCUGUGUGGCCUGGCCUCAGGGUGCUCCACGCCCCUGCUCCCGGCCCCCGCGGGCAACCCCAACAAGGCCAUCUUCACCGUGGAUGCCAAGACUUCCGAGAUCCUGGUGGCCAAUGACAAUGCUUGCCGGCUCCUGGGGUACAGCAGCCACGACCUCAUUGGCCAGAAGCUCACACAGUUCUUCCUGAAGCCAGACUGCAAUGUGGUGGAAGCGCUCAGCGAGGAGCACAUGGGGGCCGACGGUCGCGCCGCCGUGGUGUUUGGCACGGUGGUGGACGUCGUGAGCCGAAGCAAGGAGAAGGUCCCGGUGUCCGUGUGGAUGAGGAGGAUGCGGCAGGAGCCCCGGCUGUGCUGCGUGGUCGUGCUGGAGCCCGUGGAGAGGGUGUCGGCCUGGGUCUCUUUCCAAAGUGAUGGGGCCAUCACGUCCUGCGACAGCAUCUUCGCCCAUCUGCACGGCUACGAGAGUGGGGACGAGUUGGCUGGGCAGCACAUCACAGAGCUGAUCCCCUCCUUGCAGCUCCCUGUGCCUGGCCAGUGCAUCCCGCAGAAUCUCAAAAUUCAGAGGUCUGUCGGAAGAGCCAAGGAUGGUACCACCUUCCCUCUGAGCUUAAAGCUGAAACAUAAGCCCAGUCGAGAGGAGGCGGAAGCCAGCCAGGCGGCCCCCGAGCAGGGUUACUCGGCAUCCGUCUGGGUGUUCUUCACCAUCAGUGGCCUCAUCACCCUCCUGCCCGAUGGGACCAUCUAUGGCAUCAACCACAGCUUUGCACUGAUGCUGUUUGGUUACGGGAGGACCGAGCUCCUAGGCAAGAACAUCACCUUCCUGAUCCCUGGUUUCUACCGCUGCAUGGACCCCACGUACGACAGCUCCUUACCACUGCCAGACCUGGUCCACCACCUGGACUUGGGCAGCCCGAGUGGGCCUGCGGAGACAGCCGUGGACCCCCUGCAGGCCCGGAACACGGCUCAGGACAGGACCCCAAAGCCAGCGGGGAGCCCAGAAGCCGUCACAGGGAUCCAGGCCCAAGUGGACACCAGAGGCCAGCUCCCUUCUGCCCGCUCCUGCCCGCCCACUGCGGGGGUGGACAGCACCCCGGCAGGAAGCCCACCAGCCAGUCAGCAGCUGUCAUCGCCUAAGGACCAGAAGGACACUGUCUUGGGGAAGCAGCAGGAACUGAUGGCAGCAAAGAGCCUCAGCCAGCAGCUGCUGGGGGGAAGCAGUUCUGACUCAGUGGACACACGACCUUUGGCUUCCUGCGAAGGCCCUGAAGCUCUGACCACAGCUGAGGGCAGGCCCUGGGGUGGAGGGUGUGGCCUGUCCCAGGAAGCACAGUGGGAGUGCGUGGGUGUGAGCGUUGCCAGCAACCCCAACCCCUGGGCUGAGGCCUCAGGGCAGCCGGCAGGGGCCCUGCCCCUGCUGCACCCUGGCUAUGGGGCUGAGCAGAGUGUGCCCCCGGGGGGCCUGGUCGCGGUCCCCAGUCCCUCGGGGAUGGCGCGCCUCUUGCUCCCUACCCCUGCUCUGGAGGAGCGGUGGCCGGGAGCGCAGGAGGACAGGGAGGAGCUGCAGACUUGCCUACUGAAGGAGCAGCUGUCCAAGUCCAGCUUUAGGGGGUCUUGGGGAGUCUCCUCUGUGGAGCUGGUCCCGGCCGAGCACAGCCCCGUCUCCGCCCCCGUGUCGCUGUGUGACCUGGGAGGCAGGGACCUGCACAGUGGCCGCGUGGGAAGCUCCUCGGCCUGCUAUGCCCUCGCCACAGACCUCCCUGGCGUCCUGGACACAGUGAGGGUCCCGGAGGCUGAUGGGAAUUCGUCUUUCUGGAACCUCAAGGAUAUGCUCUGUAGCAGAUGGACAGACCGAACUUCUUCCAACUGUUCCUGUGCCUCGUCGGAGCUCAUGGGGACAGCCUCCCCUUCGCUGGCCGGCUCCGACGCGGGUGUGAGCGCCUGGCACGGGCGCGGGGCAGAGGCUCGGGACGACAGGGAGCUGCUGCUGCUGGCUGGCGCCUAUUUCGAUCUUGGCAGAGGCCAGCAGUUCUGUGAGACCCGUCUGGGCCUCGGUGGGACAGAACCGUCUGACCCCUCGGAGUGUGAGGACGCGAGUGACAGAGAGAGCCCUGGCUGCGUCCUUCCCAGGCUGGGACCCGGCCCCGCAGAGGCGUGCCCAUUAGGGGAGCCCAGGGCGAGCAUCCAGGUCACCUCCACACCUGUGAGGGGGGACAGCGCGGUGUCGCCCGGAGCCACCCGCCCUCAGUGCGAGAUCCAGGAGGGCACCUACGCCGGGAGCUGCUGCCACCGCGAUGGCUCGCUGCUCAGUGUUCAGUUUGAGGUGAAGCGGGUGGAGCUCCAAGGCACUGCUCCCCUGUUCUGCUGCUGGCUGGUGAAAGACCUCCUGCAUGGCCAGCAGGCCUCGGCCACGCGGACCCGCCUGCUGCUGGCCAGCCUGCCCAGCUCCACGCACUCUGUGUGUGAGCACCUUGGGCCCAGCCUGGGGGAGGUGCUCAGAAACCGCCCGUGGUUUGAGGAGCCCCCCAAGGCUGCCGAGCUGGAGGGGCUGGCGGCUUGUGAGGGCUCGUACUCCCACAAGUACAGCACGCUGAGUCCUCUGGGCAGUGGGGCCUUCGGCUUCGUGUGGACUGCGCUGGACAGGGAGCAGAAUAAGGAGGUGGUGGUGAAGUUCAUUAAGAAGGAGAAGGUUCUGGAGGAUUGUUGGGUCGAGGACCCCACCCUUGGGAAAGUGACGUUAGAAAUAUCGAUUCUGUCCAGGGUGGAGCACACCAACAUCAUCAAGGUCUUGGACGUGCUCGAGAACCAGGGCUUCUUUCAGCUGGUGAUGGAGAAGCACGGCUCUGGCCUGGACCUGUUUGCAUUCAUCGACCGCCACCCCCGCCUGGACGAGCCUCUGGCCAGUUACAUCUUCCGGCAGCUGGUGUCGGCGGUGGGCUACCUGCGCUCGGAGGGCAUCCUUCACCGGGACAUCAAGGACGAGAACAUCGUCAUCGCUGAGGACUUCACCAUCAAGCUCAUAGACUUCGGCUCCGCUGCCUACCUGGAGGAGGACAAGCUGUUCUACACCUUCUGCGGGACGAUCGAGUACUGCGCGCCCGAAGUUCUCAUGGGCAAUCCUUACAAGGGGCCGGAGCUGGAGAUGUGGUCGCUCGGAGUCACGCUGUACACACUGAUCUUCGAGGAGAACCCCUUCUGCGAACUGGAGGAGACCCUGGAGGCUGUGAUGAACCCCCCGUACCCGGUGUCGGAAGAUCUCAUGAACCUCGUGUCAGGGCUGCUGCAGCCUGUCCCCGAGCAGCGCACCACCUUGGAGAAGCUGGUGACAGACCCCUGGGUGACGCAGCCCAUGAACCUUGCUGACUACACUUGGGAGGAGGUGUGUGGGAUAAACAGGCCAGAAAGCGGAGUCCUGUCCACCGCGAGUCUGGAGAUGGAGAGCAGAGACCCCAGUGACGCGGCUCAGCAUCCGGAGCUGGCACCCCCUAGAGGGCCCCAUUCAUUCAGGGAAAGUAAUGAUCAAGGCUGGCCCACUUCACCUAAAAACUCAGUUUGAUAAAUGCUAGAACAAAAGCCAGUGAUGCUGUAUUAUUUGGGGUUUAUAAAAUAGAUGUGGAGUUUUUUUGUUCAUGACCUUGGAAAAACACUGCAGUGUCCAAUCAAGUUUUGUACUGCGAGAGGGGCUUUGGACUUGUGAACUUCUGGAAGGCAUUUUCGAAGCCUCUUACUUCUGUACACGUGCAUAUGUUUUGUUUCCUCUGAUCUGGUCCAUGCUCAUCUGAUAGGUAGAAUUUAUAGAACUGAUGA